AUGUCUCUGAAUCCAACUCCUGCGGCGCAAUCGCACAACUAUGAGCAAAAUGGUGAAGUCGAUGUCCCCAUGGAAGACGCCGACCCCUACAACCGAACCAAAUACCCUACCCGCCCUGCUCACCAGCACCGACCGUCUUCGCAGUAUGUUGGCGAAGCCUCUACUGCCGCACAGCGAUACUCUCCGAUGAACGCUCAACCUACAAACACUUCGUAUGCCUCUAGCCCAAAGCUCCCGAGUCAAAACAACUUCCCAUAUCUCAACCAGCCGCAAUCGUCGCGACAGUCUCCUCCGAACCAGAAUCAGUCAGCGACAUAUAACUUGGAGCGGUAUGCCGAACCUCCAACACCGACGAGAUACACAUCAAGCUAUGGCUCCAUUCUCCAAAACUCCGACAUGAGUCCCGAUUCGUACUAUCCUCCUUCCACGGGCAAUGCGCGUCCUGGUCCGCCAUCAAGGCAGCAGUCAUAUGGACCAGGCCCAAUUCCUAGGUUCAGGAAAGUCAACACAAUGCAAGAUCUCAAUCCCAGAGUCAACGCACAGCCUCAGUACCGAAGAGCCAACCCGGAGGGCGGCUUCAUCAGUCCGUUGCAAGCUCUCACUACAUAUCUUCCGGCCACAUAUCGCAUCUGCAACCCCAGCUUCAAAUAUGAGUCAUCAAGGAACCCGAGGCGAGUGCUAACAAAGCCAAGCAAGGGGACCAAGAAUGAUGGCUACGAUAACGACGACAGCGACUACAUUCUCUACGUCAAUGAUAUCCUCGGUAGCGAGGAAGCGGGCCACAAGAAUCGCUAUCUGAUCCUCGAUGUCCUCGGCCAGGGCACCUUUGGCCAGGUCGUGAAGUGCCAGAACUUGAGGACGCAGGAAGUCGUUGCUGUCAAAGUCAUCAAGAAUCGAACGGCUUAUUUCAAUCAGAGCAUGAUGGAGGUGUCCGUUCUGGACCUUCUCAACCAGAAGUUCGAUAAGAACGAUGACCAUCAUCUGUUGCGCCUGAAAGACACAUUCAUCCACCGACAGCAUCUCUGCCUUGUUUUCGAGCUUCUCAGUGUCAACCUGUACGAGCUCAUCAAACAGAACCAAUUCCGUGGGCUUAGCACGACCCUUGUUCGUGUCUUUGCCCAACAACUGCUGAAUGGGUUAGCACUGUUGAACAAAGCUCGGCUCAUCCACUGUGACUUGAAGCCCGAGAACAUUUUGUUGAAAAAUCUCGAAAGUCCCAUCAUCAAGAUCAUCGACUUUGGGUCCGCUUGCGACGAGAGGCAAACGGUCUACACGUACAUUCAGUCCCGGUUCUACCGGUCUCCCGAGGUUUUGUUGGGACUGCCAUAUUCCUCGGCCAUCGACAUGUGGUCCCUUGGCUGCAUUGUUGUGGAGCUUUUCCUAGGGCUGCCUCUCUUCCCCGGAUCUUCCGAAUACAACCAAGUGUCCCGUAUCGUUGAGAUGCUGGGCAUGCCUCCGAUGUGGAUGUUGGAAAUGGGAAAGCAAUCGGGCGAAUUCUUCGAAAAGACAACAGAUGAAUUCGGUCGCCGCACCUACCGACUGAAGAGCAUGGAGCAGUAUUCUCGUGAACACAAUGUCAAAGAGCAACCCAGCAAGAAAUACUUUCAAGCGACCACCCUCCCCGAGAUAAUCCGCAGCUAUCCUAUGCCUAGGAAGAAUAUGAAGCCAGCGGAAAUUGAGAGAGAAAUGAAUAACCGUGUUGCUUUCAUCGAUUUCGUCCGCGGGUUGCUCACCAUUAACCCACUCGAACGAUGGUCACCUCAUCAAGCCAAGUUGCAUCCUUUCAUCACGCAGCAAAAGUUUACUCAGCCGUUUGUACCGCCAAUGAACUUGAAAUCUCCUUCUUCCAGCAAGACUCCCGCGCCUGGGGUGCAGCAGCAGCAACAAGCCGAAGCAUUGAGCAAACAGCGAGCUGCUCAGGCCGCCCAAGCCCAAGCACAGGCUCAAGCUGCACAGGCGCAAGCCCAGGCCCACACAGCAGCGCAAAAUGCCUACGCAAUGCAGAUGAGUCCUUACCAACAGACUCAACCCCCACCAAUGUACAAUGCCAUGUAUCCGGCUCAUCAACAAGGCGCACCUCCGCCCUAUCCGACACAUUCGACCAACUACGCUCCGCAUGUGGGCAUGAUGCCCCAGCAGCCUGCGCAGAUAAACCCUGGUCAUUACAAUCAUCAACAGAGUCUGUAUGCUCAAGCCACUCAGAGGGCGGGCCGUCAGCGGGCAUCGACAAUGGAUCAACAGCAAGGGGGAAUUCCUCCAGCUAUCCAGCGAGUGACGAGUCAUCUGGACCCCAACGCACCGAUCAGACUCCAACCUAGUCCAGCUUACUACCCUCCUCCUGCAGACGGAUACGUGGACUCCCCCACGUCGGCUAGGAGGCGUGGUAGCCGUACGCAGAGAAAUCGGGAUUUCAUCCGAACUCUGGAAGAUGGUGCCAUGGGAGACCACUUCAAUGCACAGUGGCAGUGA